GGCCCAUGUGCCAUCUUGAAAAUGGGAACAAAAAUGUAUGCCUAUGAUCCAGACUGAUCAUAUAAAACUAUGGAUCCUGAAAGUACGUUCCCUCUUUGCAAGCCUUAGUGACUGGCAUCACGCACAAAUAGGCCUUUCAGUUUCUGAACGCAGAUAUUUUCAAGGACCUCUGAGGCCCAGGAGAGACAAACGUUUUCUCCAUGGAAGGGCAGACUAUUGGCCUCCCCUCUCUUACCCUCUGUGUUCCCACCUCUUUCUAGAAGGAGGCUGAGAGGGGAAGCCUGAAACCCCAAAUCAAGUCCGCCUUCUUUCUCUGUGCCUGACCCAGGGCAAAAUAAUCUCCCUAAUACUGUUCUGGAUCACUGGAAAAACACUUUCUCUGGUCGGGGUACUACUGGCACUUUACAUGGGGGGCAGUUUAACCGCAGGAGUCCGCUCUCUGAAAGGUGCUGAGGGAGGGGAUUCUGACACCAGCCGACUGAGAGGAGCCCUGGCCCCACGAAGUCCCUCCCAGCCACCCUCCCUCUGGGAUUAGCUGCCCUGACUCUGCUCAGGCGUCCCCAGCCCGUGCAGUCCCGGCUCGCGCACCCCCAUCGCCUCUGCAGAGCGCGGCCGCAGCCUGGAGCCCGCAGCCGGUAGCCCGCAGAGCCGCGCUGUCCGGGGCAUCCCGGUGCUCGGCGUCCGUGGACCUGGGAUCUCGAACCUGGGACGGGCUCAAAAUCCACUCGGAACACUUGCAUUUCUGAAAAAGGAAAUGAAACCAGAGACAGAGGGAAGCUGAGCGAAAAUAGACCUUCCCGAGAGAGGAGGAAGCCCGGGGAGAGACGCACAGUCCCCUCCCCGCCCCCAGGCCGCCGCCCCCGUUCUGCCCUCCGCGGCGAGCAGCGCCCGCUACCCGGGCCGAAGGGAGCGCGGUGACUGUCCUUGAGCGCGGAGGGGCGAGCUCGCCGCCGGAGCGCCGGAGCAAGCGGAGGCGCAGGAGCGGCGGCGGCGGCGCCCGAGCACCCGAGGGGGUCCGAGCCCCGGCAGCCGGCCAGCCCCGCGCCACAAAGGGAGCGCCCCUGCCGCCCGGCACGCCGCCUCCCUCCCCAAUGUCCUCGGCCAUCGAAAGGAAGAGCCUGGACCCUUCAGAGGAACCAGUGGAUGAGGUGCUGCAGAUCCCCCCGUCCCUGCUGACAUGCGGCGGCUGCCAGCAGAAUAUCGGGGACCGCUACUUCCUGAAGGCCAUCGACCAGUACUGGCACGAGGACUGCCUGAGCUGCGACCUCUGUGGCUGCCGGCUGGGCGAGGUGGGGCGGCGCCUCUACUACAAACUGGGCCGGAAGCUCUGCCGGAGAGACUAUCUCAGGCUUUUUGGGCAAGACGGUCUCUGCGCAUCCUGUGACAAACGGAUUCGUGCCUAUGAGAUGACGAUGCGGGUGAAAGACAAAGUGUAUCACCUGGAAUGUUUCAAAUGUGCCGCCUGUCAGAAGCAUUUCUGUGUAGGUGACAGAUACCUCCUCAUCAACUCCGACAUAGUGUGCGAACAGGACAUCUACGAGUGGACUAAGAUCAAUGGGAUGAUAUAGGCCCGAGUCCCCGGGCAUCUUUAGAGAGGUGUCCACUGAAGACACCGUCUCCAUGGCAUCUUCGUCUUCACUCUUAGGCACUUUGGGGGUUUGAGGGUGGGGUAAGGGUUUUCUUAGGGGAUGGUAGACCUUUAUUGGGUACCAAGGCAUAGCAUCCAAGUGGCAUAAUUCAAGGGCUGGCACUUCAAGGUGACAGAGGACCAGCCCUUAAGGGAGAGCUUGCGGCCACAGCCAUCUGUGGUAACUGACAUGAUUAGCAGAAGACAGGAACAUUUAGGGGCAAGCAGGCACUGUGUGGUCAUGAUGGAAUUUCAUAUCCACAGAUAGGGAGUUGUUGUGUAAAGACUUGUUGUGACUUUGAUGCUUGCAAACUAGAGAUGUGCAAUUGAUUUCUUUUCUUCCUGGGUUUUGUAACACCCCUGUUUCAACGACUGUCCUCCACACAAGGGAAGGACAGAAAGGAGUGGCCAUUCUUUUUUUCUUGGCCUCCUUCCCAGGGCCUUAAGCUUUGGACCCAAGGAAAACUGCAUGGAGACACAUUUUGGUUGAGAAUGGAAACCACAACUUUUAACCAAACAAUUAUUUAAAGCAAUGCUGAUGAACCACUGUUUUUAGACACCUUCAUUUCGAGGUGAGGAGCUCCACAGAUUGUUUCUAUACAAAUAUAAAUCUUAAGAAAAAAGUUGUUCAACUAUUUUAUUAUCCUAGAUUAUAUCAAAGUAUUUGUCGUGUGUAGAAAAAAAAAACCAGCUCUGCAGGCUUAAUAAAAAUGACAGACUGAAAUGCA